CGUUCCUCUUGCGUAACAAUUUUCAGCUUCUAGAUCAUCAAUUUCAACUAGAUUUUCCUAAAUCAACUUGAAUUCAAUGGCAUCAUCACUAGCUCUCAAAAAACUCACCUCUUCAAAUCUCAUUCCCACAUCUCUCCGUUCCAUGAUCCGUCCAACCGCCACACUCCCAUCAUCCGCCUCUCGCUAUUUUAACACCAACGCUGUUUGCCAGUUCGACGAGGACGAAGAUGAACAUGAUUCCAACGCUUACCGCCGCUCCCUCUCUCGCCGCAGGGACAACUUCUUCCCAGACGUGGUGGACCCAUUCUGGCCAAAUAGAAACCUGAGUCAAGUUCUGAACAUGAUGGACCAGUUCAUGGACAAUCCGUUUCGUGGAAUCGGAGCUGGUGGAAUCCGACGCGGCUGGGACGCGCGAGAGACUGACGAUGCUCUGAAUCUCCGCGUUGAGAUGCCGGGUCUUGCCAAGGAAGAUGUGAAGGUUUCCAUGGAACAAAAUACUCUGAUCAUUAGAGGUGAAGGAGCUAAGGAAUCGGAAGAUGAGGAGAGCGGCAGAAAAUACAGUGCUAGGAUUGAUCUGCCGGAGAAAAUUUACAAGACUGGUGAGAUUAAAGCUGAGAUGAAGAAUGGUGUGCUGAAAGUAGUUGUGCCUAAGGCCAAAGAAGAAGAGAGGAACAAUGUUGUACAUGUUAAGGUCGAGUAGAAUGUAAAAGUUUGCAUGUGAGAGUGUGAGUGAGACUGUACUUGAAGAACCGGAUAAAUAAAAAUUCUAAAUUACAAA